AUGGAUAUGGAUCAAGACAACAUGAGAUUUCUCGGGCUCAUCGGAGUCUACAAAGAAUCAUGCAAGCUGAUUUUCCGGUGGAGAAAACUCUUCUCUCUGAUAACCCUAACCCUAAUCCUGCCACUCCUAAUCGUCUUCUUGGCCGAAGAACCCGUGUCCGAGAUUCUCUACGACAAGAUCAGGUUCAACGAGUUCAUGCUCAUGGACUCCGCCGCCGGAACGCCGUCGUACCACAAACUCUCCGACCUCGUCUCCGCCGAAUGGACCGAGUUCAUACUCCUCAAGGCCUUCUACUUCGCCUUCGUCCUCGUCUUCUCCCUCCUCGCCACCUCCGCCGUCGUCUACACGGUGGCGUCCGCCUACACCGCGAAGGAGGUGACCUUCAGGAAAGUCAUCGGAGUCGUGCCCAGGGUUUGGAGGAGGCUGGCGCUCACCUUCCUCUGCAUCUUCUUCGCCUUCUUCGCGUACAACGCGGUUUUCGGGGCGGCGGUCUACUGGUGGACCCACACGAGCAUGUCGGAUUCCACGGCGGCGACGGUGGUUUUCUUCGUUGUCGUGAUAGCCGCUUACGUGGUGGGGUUCGUGUACAUGACGAUCGUGUGGCAGCUGGCGAGCGUGGUGUCGGUGCUGGAGGACACGUGUGGGGUGAAGGCGAUGGUGAAGAGCGCCGACUUGAUCAAAGGGAAGCUGGUGGUGGCGGUGGUUGUUUUCGUGAAGCUGCUCGCGGCGGUGGUGGGUCUGUACAUUGUGUUUGUAGUGGUGUGUUUGAAUAUGCCGGUGGUCGCGAAGAAAAUUGGGUUCGGGGGACUCUGUUUGGUGGCUUUGGUGGCGGUGGUUCUGUUUGGGCUGGUGGUGCAGACUGUGAUUUACUUCGUAUGUAAGUCGUACCACCGUCAGAAUAUCGAUAAGUCGGCUCUUUCCGAUCACUUGGAGGCAUAUUCCGGUGGUUAUGUUCGGCUGAAGGCGUCCCCGGCGGAGAAGGAUGUUCAGCUCGAGGAGUAUCGUGUCUGA